UAAAGUCACUCUUUCUUGUCUCAAUCAUUUUACAUCUGUAUCUGCACAACUCACUUCUAAGACAACAAUUCUAACCAGCCAAAGACGUGAAUACAUUCAAUCAACAAAAAUGGCAGGCAUUCUAGGCAGCUACUCGGACAGCACGUGCAAUACGCACAACGCGCUUCGCUACAUAGAAGGACAUGCCUGCGGUGCCACCUUCUCUUACAGGAGCUCCUCCUCGCCACCAGACAUGCAUUAUGCUGUGGUCUCAAUCCAAAAGUGCUGCGACGAGUACAAUGCCACUGUACUACGCAUUCCUGGCAACAUCGGUUGCGAAAUGCAAUUUUGCAACAUAACCCAGUCCUCAGACGACCUUUACAGCUGCCUAAGUUUCGUGUCUGAGAGCGAUUUGCCAGAUGAUAUAGCCGAUAAAAUCGCAAAUGUGGGCAAUUGGUGUACCGUUCGCAUGUACGAUGAUGAGGUACCCUUAUCGGAGGAAUUAUCGCCAGUGACGGCGAGUGCGGCUCCACCCAGCUGGACGGAGGCCGCCGAGGCCGCCGCGAAUCCGUUCGGACACACGCCGUCAUCCAGUUCUAGUUCCGAAGAUGCCUCGACAACCAGCAGCCCUACAUCAACGAGUCGCGGGCAUACUGACUGGACAAUGCUGAGUACUAUGUCUAUAUGGACUAUCUCGCUAUUAAUGACAUUUGGUCUUGUGGUCCUAAUGUGAGCCUAGGUUGCGAACUCUUUGCUGACACCAUCCUUGAGGUGCGUGCGGGUUUAAAGUUGGAAAUCAGCACGAUUUAUCUCUAUAUUAUUCGAGCGAACUCAAGCGUCACCAUGAUAACCCGGCGGUGGUCGACUCACCCUUUAGUCGCAUUGGACUUGAUUGAUCUAAUCUAUUACACCCAUAAUAUCUGCUAUAUCAUCCCAAUGAAUAUUAUUUAUUAUUAUGAUUUACUUGUAUGUU